AUGUCUGGUUCUUCAGAUUUUUUGUCUAAAGGUAUUGACCUCGUCCAGAAGGCAAUAGAUGCAGACACUGCAACUAGAUAUGAAGAAGCAUAUAAAUUAUACUACAAUGGAUUGGACUACUUGAUGUUGGCUAUAAAGUAUGAAAAAAAUCCAAAAUCUAAAGAAUUGAUUAAGUCAAAGUUUACUGAAUAUUUGACAAGAGCAGAACAGCUAAAGGAUCAUCUUGAAAAACAAGAAAAGAAAUCAAGCUCAGCUGAAAAUUCUGCUUCUGGUGGCUCAACAAAGGCCAAAAAUGAGGGCGGUGACGAAGAUGAUGCAGAUACCAAAAAAUUAAGGGGUGCUCUUGCAGGGGCAAUUCUUUCUGAAAAGCCAAACGUUAAAUGGGAUGAUAUAGCGGGUCUUGAUAGUGCUAAGGAAGCAUUGAAGGAAGCAGUUAUCUUACCGGUGAAGUUCCCACAAUUAUUUACGGGUAAUCGUAAACCUACUUCAGGAAUCUUAUUAUAUGGUCCACCUGGUACUGGUAAGUCAUAUUUGGCUAAGGCAGUUGCAACAGAGGCCAACUCAACUUUUUUCUCUGUGUCAUCAUCAGAUUUGGUUUCGAAAUGGAUGGGAGAAUCUGAGAGAUUGGUUAAACAGUUGUUUACAAUGGCUCGUGAGAAUAAACCUUCAAUUAUCUUUAUUGAUGAAGUUGAUGCUCUUUGUGGACCAAGAGGCGAGGGGGAGAGUGAAGCUUCAAGGAGAAUUAAAACGGAGUUAUUGGUUCAAAUGAAUGGCGUAGGUAAUGAUUCAAAUGGCGUGUUAGUCUUGGGUGCGACUAAUAUCCCUUGGCAAUUAGAUGCUGCAGUAAGGAGAAGGUUCGAAAGGAGAAUAUACAUACCAUUGCCUGAUGUAGAAGCAAGAACCAGGAUGUUCGAGCUAAAUGUUGGUACAGUACCGUGUGAAUGUAAUUCUCAUGAUCUCAAGGUUUUAGCCGAAAUGACUGAUGGCUAUUCUGGGCAUGACAUUGCCGUAGUUGUGAGAGAUGCUUUGAUGCAACCAAUUCGUAAAAUCCAACAAGCCACGCACUUCAAGCCUGUCAUAGAUGAAGACGGAUCAGAGAAGUUGACGCCUUGCUCUCCUGGCGAUCCUGAUGCAAAAGAGUUAAACUGGCAAGAUGUUGGCACAGAUGAAUUGAUGGAGCCAAAUUUGACAGUUAAAGAUUUUAUUAAAUCGAUUAAAAGUAAUAGACCUACAGUUAACAGUGCUGAUAUUGAAAAUCACAUCAAGUUCACAGAAGAUUUUGGCCAGGAAGGAAAUUGA